ACAAAUCAGAGCACACACACAUUGAUGAAUUGGUAUGGUGCUUCAUUGUAGAGUAGACUAGCUUGCUUGCCUGCAGGAAUUAGCGCAUCGAACCUAUCGGCGUAUCCCGGAAUCGGGUUUUUCUGUUCAAAAAGUGCAAACUGAUACGAUCAGAUAAGAUAAGAAGAGAGGAAAAAAAAAGUUUGUAACUAAUUCGCAAAUGGCAAUCGUGACCGUAGAUUACGUUGACCGAUGAAUAUAAAAAAGACGCGAUUCGCACCUGCCAUCCCCAUUGGCAUCGCCAGCGCACACAUCAAAUCAAACAGCCGCAAACCCUUAGUCUCUUCUUCUCGUUGGCGUCCCCUCUGAUCCGUGCUGGCAGCGCAGAAGCCAUUGCUGGACCUUCCAAACCCUAAUAGAGUCACGCAGUCAAUUGCGAUGUGAUGAUCGUUCACACGUGACGCUACACGGCACGAAGAUGAACACAUCCAACGGCAUCAUGACACAGUCGUCUUCGUCGGGAGCGACACAGUCGCCGGGGCUCAAAACCUAUUUCAAAACUCCCGAGGGAAGAUAUAAGCUUCAAUACGAGAAGACUCACCCUUCCGGUCUUCUUCAUUACGCCCAUGGAAAAACCGUUACUCAGGUAACCCUGGCACAUCUCAAGGACAAGCCUGCACCGUCUACACCAACUGCGUCGUCCUCAAGUUUCAGUGCCAGCAGUGGGGUACGGUCUGCGGCAGCUAGAUUAUUGGGAGGAAGCAACGGAAGCCGGGCACUUAGUUUUGUUGGAGGCAACGGUAGUAGCAAGAAUAAUGGAGGGAACAGUAGGAUUGGUUCCAUUGGAGCCUCCAGUACAAGUAGUUCAAUGGCUAAUCCAAAUUUUGACGGGAAAGGCACGUACCUGAUAUUCAACGUCGGUGAUGCAAUUUUCAUUAGCGAUUUGAAUUCUCAAGACAAGGACCCCAUAAAGUCUAUUCACUUCAGUAACUCGAAUCCAGUGUGCCAUGCGUUUGAUCAGGAUUCUAAGGAUGGGCAUGAUUUGCUCAUUGGUUUGAACUCUGGCGAUGUCUACUCAGUGUCACUGAGACAGCAAUUACAGGAUGUUGGUAAGAAGCUUGUUGGGGCCCUGCAUUACAACAAAGACGGUUCAGUUAAUAACAGUCGUUGUACAUGCAUUGCUUGGGUGCCUGGAGGUGAUGGUGCUUUUGUUGUUUCUCAUUCUGAUGGUAAUUUGUACGUGUAUGAGAAGAACAAAGAUGGUGCGGGUGAUUCUUCUUUUCCAGUUGUAAAAGAUCAAACUCAAUUUUCUGUUGCCCAUGCACGUUACAGUAAGAGUAAUCCAAUAGCCAGAUGGCAUAUAUGCCAGGGUUCAAUUAACAGUAUUUCUUUCUCAAUGGAUGGAGCAUACUUGGCAACUGUUGGACGAGAUGGUUAUUUGCGAGUGUUUGAUUACUCAAAAGAACAACUUAUCUGUGGCGGGAAAAGUUAUUACGGUGCUUUGUUAUGCUGUGCGUGGAGCAUGGAUGGAAAAUAUAUUUUGACGGGAGGGGAAGAUGAUUUAGUUCAAGUUUGGAGCAUGGAAGAUCGGAAGGUUGUGGCAUGGGGUGAGGGACAUGGCUCGUGGGUCAGUGGAGUUGCUUUCGAUUCAUAUUGGUCAUCACCAAAUUCAAAUGACAAUGGAGAGACCGUUGUGUAUCGUUUUGGUUCUGUUGGUCAGGAUACACAAUUGCUUCUAUGGGACCUAGAAAUGGACGAAAUCGUGGUGCCGUUGAGGCGGCCAGCUGGUGGAUCUCCAACUUACAGUACUGGAAGCCAGUCAUCACACUGGGACAAUGUGGUCCCAUUGGGUACCUUGCAACCUGCUCCGAGUAUGCGGGAUGUUCCAAAAAUAUCUCCGUUGGUUGCUCACCGUGUGCAUACUGAACCGCUCUCUGGCUUGAUAUUUACCCAAGAAUCUGUGCUCACUGCCUGUCGGGAAGGUCAUAUUAAAGUCUGGAUGAGGCCAGGGGUUGCUGCUGACACCCAAUCAACCAACUCUGAAAACUUGUUAGCCACCUCUCUCAAAGACAACAAGCCUUCACUCUCAACCAAGAUCACCAAUUCUCCCUACAAACAAUGACUCACACUGUUUGGUCCAACUUCUUAUUUUUAACUUUUCUUCUCCACUGGGCCAAACAACAUUUAUAUACAACUUAUUAAAUUUUUAAGCAACUUAUUUUAUAAUGUAAAUCUCUUCAAAAAAGUAGUUUUUAGAUAAAAGCUACUUGGAGCUUUUUUUGUUAAGCCUCCUCUCUCAGUUAUAUUUAUUUUUCCUUUUUCUAUUCUUUUUCUAAAACAUCAUUUUGGACUGCUUUCUCAUUUA